UUUUCAGUUGCGUUCGCGUUUCCCAGCAGUUCAGAUGGCCACGCGGCCGGGUCUAAGAUGAGCUACUCAUUACAGCCGUGCGGUACUCGGUACUCGUCCUCGUCCUCGUCCACGUCCACGUCCUCGUCAUCCUCGUCUUCGUCUGUGUCUGCAUCUUCGUCCUGCCUUUCGGACCUCGUGUGUGGUGCGGUGGCAGCUGGUAUUACUACUACUACUACUACUGCUGCUCCUGGUGUGGCUAUCAUAGCCCCGAAAACAACUGGGCUGGCUUAGCCGCAAAAAGUAGAAAGUGAUUUAUUUGGCCAAAUGAAAUAUGCUCGAAUAAGUGAACCGACCAGCCCGGAAUCGAGUCAAUUAAAAUUCAAUUAUGCGACCAAAGAUGAAGGAGAGGCCGCGCAAGCGUUUGAAAAUUCGACCGCUGAACAACUCCUGACUGAAACGGAAGUUUAAACUGCCAUAAAAGUGUGUUCCCCCAGCAUAAUCCCUUAGCAAUCGAUCAUAUCACAAGAGUGAAGCGCAACAUAUCGUGUAGAAACAGAAACGGAAAUCCCUGUGCCGGACUUAUCGACUGCCAGGAUAUCAAAACUGCAAUUACUUUUACCCUUGUUAUCUUUGUUGCAAUUGUUAUAUCGUUCUCGUCGUUGUCGUCAUCGUCGUCGUCGUCGCCGGUUGUAAAAGUUCAAGAAAAGCGAGAAAAAGCGUGGAAAAGCGGAAAAGCGAAACUAAAACACUGUCCAAAACCCCCACCAAAGAAAAAAAACCCAACUCCACUCGACGAGCUUGUUCGAAUGGAAAUCAAUCAAUUGCACAAUUGGCAGAGUGCAUGUGGUGUGAAAAAGUGAAUUAAUUGCACAGCACGACUUCAAAGCCAAGAAACAUUGCGAACAGCAAUUUAACAAUUCAAAAAAUAAAAAUUAAUUGCAAUAAAUAAACACACCCAUAACACGGCUGUCAUUUGUAAUUACAAAUGGGCCUGAAAAAGUAACAUACAUAAUUCACAAUCACAAUAAAUUUUAAAGCAAAACUCAUACCUAUAAAUAAAGCAAAGCAUUUGCAAUUAAAUUAUCUGUGAUUUUUGUCAACAUAUUAAAUAUUUUGCACGCUGCCGUGGUUAAACCAAAAUCCCCUUGUUAAACGUAUCCAAUAAUUUAAAGUGAAUAGUGAAUAGUUGGUCACAGUGCGUUGGGCCUAAAGGCAAUUCUAUUCGUCGCCGGUUGUUCCGUUGUUCGAUUCGUUUGCAUUGUUGAUUUCGUGGUAGUGCUUUAAGUGUUGUAUAUCGAAUCGGUGUCGCAUCGGGACGUGUAAAUAUCGAACAAAAUGGCAAUGGUUAUAUCGACGCGUGCCAAGCUCGUGAUUACCGCGCUGAUUCUUUUCUUCCUGCUCGGCAUCGUCCUCGUGACGGGCUCCACAAAGGGAUGGUUCAAUCCCAACCGCUACAACGGCGAACGGGUGGCAGCUAGGAUUCAGGCGACGGACAUCUUCGACGCCAGUGGAAUGCAGCCCCCGGGACAGACGCAGUACACGCACGAGAGACCGUACCGCGGCAUCAAGGGCGAGAAGGGAGAGCGCGGCCCCAAAGGCGACAGCAUUCGCGGUCCGCCAGGACCUCCGGGUCCUCCGGGGCCCAAGGGUGAAACAGCCGCCUAUCCGCCCUUUGUGGAGACUACGAGUGCGGGGGCUAAAUACACUGGCGAGUGUACAUGCAACGCGUCUGAUAUCCUAGAGGCCAUCAAGGACAAUGAGUCGUUGCGGGAGACGUUGCGAGGAGCGCCCGGAGCGGCGGGCAAGGAUGGAAAGCCAGGUACCCCUGGUCACACCGGAGCCACCGGAGUGCCAGGAGCCAGAGGCGCCCGGGGGUCCGAAGGUGCCCAGGGGCUGAAGGGCGAGCCAGGCGUCGACGGACUGCCCGGAGUCGUGGGUCCGCCGGGACCACCGGGUCCGCCUGGUUUGCCCGAGAAUUACGAUGAAUCCCUAAUGGUCAACUCGAUGGGCACAUUCCGGGGAACGACGCAGCCAGGGGCCAAAGGUGUGCCCGGCGAGAAAGGUGAUGCCGGCCAGAAAGGAGAACGUGGCGAUCCGGGUCACAAAGGUGCACACGGGCCCAGCGGCUCAAAGGGUGAGCCCGGCGAACCGGGAACCCCCGGACUGCCGGGAUUGCCUGGACAGGCCGGACAGCCCGGCGGACUCGAGGGCCUCGCCAGCGCCAACGGGACCAAGGGCGAGAAGGGUGAGAAGGGCAUGCGGGGUCGGCGCGGCGGAACGGGAGCCACUGGACCAAUUGGACCGCCCGGAAAACCCGGGGCCAUGGGCGAUAUUGGACACUCGGGCCGCCCUGGUAUGACAGGACCCAAGGGAGAGAUGGGUCCCAAGGGACCAAAGGGCGAUUCCAGUGGUCGCGAAGGGAUCAAGGGUGACAAGGGCGACCGAGGUCAGGAUGGUCGAGAUGGCUUGCCAGGACCUCCUGGAAUACCCGCCACCGGAGGAGGUGAUGGUGACAGCAGCGGAGUGCAGUACAUCCCGAUGCCAGGACCUCCAGGACCUCCGGGACCACCAGGUCUUCCGGGUCUAUCGAUUUCGGGACCCAAAGGAGAGCCCGGCAUGGAGUUGCGUAGCAGCUUCUACGGCGAUGCUUCCUACUACGGGCGACCAGGAGCGCGCUCAUCCUUAGACGAACUCAAAGCACUGCGAGAACUGCAAGAUCUUCGGGAUCGGCCCGAUGGCACAGCCGAGACUCCACGGCAGCCAGGACACACCCACAAGCAGCAUGAUGGAACUUUGGGUCUGAAUGGUGGCGAGGAGGAGCCCUACUUUUCGGCAUCCUCAUCGAACAUGAACAUGAAGAUUGUGCCCGGCGCAGUCACCUUCCAAAACAUUGAUGAAAUGACAAAAAAAUCGGCCCUCAAUCCGCCGGGCACGUUGGCCUACAUCACCGAGGAGGAGGCUCUUUUGGUUCGCGUCAACAAGGGCUGGCAGUAUAUUGCGCUGGGAACCCUGGUACCGAUAGCCACGCCCGCCCCGCCCACCACGGUGGGCCCAUCGAUGCGAUUCGACCUGCAGUCGAAGAACCUGCUCAACAGUCCACCGCCCCUGAUCAAUACGCCCACGUUUACAACCGCGCCCGAAUACGAAACGUGGUAUCCGCGAAUGCUGCGCGUGGCGGCGCUGAACGAGCCCUCCACUGGCGAUUUGCAGGGGAUCCGUGGGGCGGACUUUGCCUGCUAUCGGCAAGGACGACGGGCCGGCCUCCUGGGCACCUUCAAGGCAUUCCUAUCCUCCAGGGUACAGAAUCUGGACACGAUUGUCCGCACGGCUGACCGGGAUCUGCCCGUGGUGAAUACCCGUGGCGAUGUGCUCUUCAACUCCUGGAAGGGCAUCUUCAAUGGCCAAGGUGGCUUCUUCUCGCAGGCGCCACGGAUCUACAGCUUCAGCGGCAAGAAUGUGAUGACGGAUCCAUCAUGGCCCAUGAAGAUGGUCUGGCAUGGCUCACUGCCCAAUGGAGAACGCUCCAUGGACACUUACUGCGAUGCCUGGCACUCGAGUGACCAUCUGAAGUCGGGUUAUGCCAGCAAUCUGGAUGGCCACAAGCUGCUUGAACAGAAGAGACAAUCCUGCGACAGCAAGCUGAUCAUCCUGUGCGUGGAGGCCCUUUCGCAGGAUCGCAAGCGCAAGAAGCGGGAACUCGACGACAGCAGCUACCACAAUAGUCGCAGUCACAGUCACGGCGAGAGCGAAAGUCUGGAGUUCCACACAGAAGACGAGUAUGCAGCGCAUUUAGAAAAUUUACUGCUGUAAGCGGAACCGGAAGGAAGAAGAAGCCAGUCACACCAAACCAUUCUCAUACAUAAAACAAAACAAAUCACAGCACACAAACAAACACACACGUACAUUGAAUGUAAACGUAAAUCAUGGCCAUGCAUAUAAUCAGCGAAUUCCAAACAAAAACCAAAAAGAGAAUACUCAGACGACAGAUGGAUGUUGCAUAUAAAUACAUACUUAUAUUACCCGUGCGCAUACACACUACUCGUAGGUAAUGUCUAAUAUACUUCUACACGUAUAUCAUAAUAUAGUGCAUACCUAUAGAUAUAUCGUGGAUAUAUAUGAGUUGUACUUUAUGUUCAGGACAAGGCAAAAGCAAACAGCAAUUUUUGUACAAGCAGGAAAAACGUAUUUGUAGUUUGUAAUCUGUAACUUGUAACUUACCGAUAGCCGUAGCCGAACUAAUGUAAUUUUUGUAAUUACGUAAGCUCACCCCGAAAGAACCGACGAACAGCAGCGGAUCACCCACGCCUACGCAAUACUGGCCAAAUUAGUAUCCUACUUAGCUCGUAUGGCAAUGCACCCGAGAAUCUAUUAUCGAGAAGCGAGGAACUCUUCACAGGACCCUGUAUAUGCGUGUAUAAAUGUGUAUUUUUGUCAAAAGACUUCUAGGUGUGUGUACAAUAUAAGAAAAAACCCGAGUGGUAACGAUA